UAAUUUCUUAAGACCUAGGGGGCUUCCAUCUUUCAGCCUCUUCUCAUAUAUAAGCGAAACAAAACCCUAGAGCCGCUUCUCCAACGCCUCACACACUCGCACAGAGAGAGAGAGAGAGAGAGAGAGCUCUCGAGGUUGAGAAAUGGUGACUUACAGGAUUCAUCAGUAUCAGGUUGUAGGGAGAGCUCUUCCUACGGAGACCGAUCAGCAUCCGAAGAUCUACCGCAUGAAGCUCUGGGCCACCAACGAGGUUCGGGCCAAGUCCAAGUUCUGGUAUUUUCUGAGGAAGCUUAAGAAGGUGAAGAAAAGCAAUGGUCAAAUGCUCGCUAUCAAUGAGAUUUUUGAGAAGAACCCAACGAAGAUCAAGAAUUAUGGUAUCUGGCUGCGGUAUCAAAGUCGAACUGGGUAUCACAACAUGUACAAGGAGUACCGUGAUACCACACUGAAUGGUGCUGUUGAGCAGAUGUACACCGAGAUGGCUUCCCGCCACAGGGUCCGUUACCAUUGCAUCCAGAUCAUUAAAACUGCCACCAUCCCUGCCAAGCUUUGCAAGAGGGAGAGCACAAAGCAGUUCCACAACUCCAAAAUCAAGUUCCCAUUGGUGUUCAAGAAGGUUAGGCCACCAUCUAGGAAGCUGAAGACCACAUACAAGGCAUCCAGGCCCAACUUGUUUGUGUAACUCUCUCUGAUCAUUUAUUGAAGGAGAACUAUAAAGAGGGUUAAGACAAUCCAAGUUUUGAAAUUUUGUUAUUCUAGUGAAGACCUAGUUUUUAUUUUGUGCUUCUUGGAUAUUGUUUGGUUUUGAGAAUUUUUCGAUAUUGGAUAUUGAAAGAUCUUUGUUUAGGGGUUUCCAUCCUGUUUACUUUCUGAAUUCCUCAGUAUUUUGCUAUAAUGAAUGAUAAUACUGUGAACUUUAGCCCCCCUUUCUUA